UUCGGAAAAUCCACAGUUUUCCUGGCAAGUUCCAAAGCUGGAAAACUUUUAGUUGCGGUUUUCUAGUUGAGCGGUUCGGUCGAAAAGUCUGGUCGGAAAAUCACAUCGAAGUGCUAUCGGUACCCUGAAUGGAGUAAGCGGAUUUCAAGGAAAUACUCUGGAAUAACAUCUAUUUGAUCGAGUUUGUGAACAAUCAGUUAAAUCCAUUAUCAUCCCAUUUUUCUGUUGUGCAUGGACUUUCUGGUGUCCCCUGUUGAAGCAAUAUGAACCACCUGAGAAUAGACUCGCUGCCGGAUCCGGGCAAUCGGUACCAGCUGGGGGAACUGAUAGGUUCCGGUAUCGCGGCCAAAGUCUACAAGGCAACAGAUACCAAGGCCAGCAACAAGAACGUCGCCAUCAAGAUCCAGAAAUAUGAAUCCGACGUUAAGACUGCUAUCCAGGAGGAGUAUCGCAUUUUGAGGGAUCACUCCAAUCAUGGAAAUUUGCUGGAUUUUUAUGGGGUGUACAGGAAGAAGGUUCCUGGUGAAGCGGACGAAAUAUGGUUCGUUUUGGAGUACUGUGACCACGGUCCAGUUGUGGACAUCAUCCGGAAGAUCCACGUCACCAACCGGAAGGUGAGCGAGGAACAGAUUGCCUUCGUCCUGCGGGAAACCGUUAAGGCGUUGAUUUUUCUGCACGAAAAUCACAUCAUCCAUCGUGACGUUCGGGGCCACAACAUCCUGAUGACCAAAGAUGGGGAAAUAAAGCUGUGCGAUUUUGGCCUUUCGCGGGAUGUCAAAUCAACGCUCGGGAAGCGAGGAACCUGUGUGGGUUCACCCAACUGGAUGGCCCCGGAGAUUAUCACCAGCUCGAAGAAUGAAAACGAAGCCUACGACAAUCGCUCGGAUGUGUGGGCUUUGGGAAUCACGGCCAUCGAGCUGGGUGAUGGAAAACCUCCGUUUGGAGAAAUGCAUCCUACUCGGACCAUGUUCCAGAUAGUGAGAAACCCUCCGCCAACUUUGUAUCGACCAGCAAACUGGACCCAGAACUACAACGAUUUUGUCACUGAAUGUUUGGAGAAGAAUCCUGAUCAUCGACCUUUUAUGAUGGAAAUUGCUGAGCAUCCUUUUCUGACUCAACUACCGGAAAAUGACUAUCAUAUAAGCCAGGAGCUCCGGAUGCUAGCGGAAUCGAUUGUGGAUGUUCAUAUUGUGCCGAAGGACGAAAUAAAGCUCUACAAGGGAGCCCUGAAAAUGGCCGAGAACCGCACCGAAAAGAUGCACGUUGAAGAUUUGGCAGCACUGGAGGUGCUCUCGGAGGAAACCAUACUGGAUGAGCUGAUUCAGCGGUUCAAAAAUGGUUCCACCUAUACCUUUGUCGGAGAUGUGCUGGUAUCGAUGAAUCCCAACCAACCGGAACCGGAUUAUGUUCGCGGGGUAAGGUUUUACACAUAA